GUCGCGAAGGGGCUUCGGCUCCGUUUUGUCGGGGGGCUCCGGGUUUAUUGCGCAGGAGGGAGGCGGCAGGCUGGGAUCCGGACCGAAUUGCAAACUGAGGUGGCCGAGUUGCAGAAACUCGCAUUCUGACCCCGCCUGGGGCCGCGUUCAGACGUGAGGGAGAGAAAGCGAGAGGGGACACCGAGGGAGGGGUAGGUAAGAGAGGAAGGAAGUGGCUUUUUCCCCUUCCCGCCGCAAUCAAGUCAAUCUUUGCUACAGUCACAGACCAGCAAGGUUUAGUUUUUUAUAGGAAAGAGAAAGUAGCCCACGAGGAGGCCUGUGUUCCCCACAUCUCAGAAGAAAAAGCAUUGGUGAGCAGCACUGCUGUGAAGGAUGAGCACAAAGAACCAAGAGCCAAGCCUGGAUCCGUCCCAUGCCGACCCAAGGGAGGAGAGGGAUCCACCCAGCAGAGCCGAGCAUCAAAGUUUGGACAGAGAUGAGCCCGAGGCAGCCGGCGAUGAUGCAGAAGGAGGAGGAGCCAAGCUUUCAGAGAUGUCUCAGCAAUCUGCCAAUCAGUGUCCAACCAGAAUGAGCUUGCCAGUAAAAUGUGAAGAAGAGCCAAAGACUGAGGCAGGCGUGGCAUCCUGUUCCUCAAAGGUGGCCGCGCCAUCUCCUAUGCCUUCCUUAGGAGAAGGGAAGGGGUCAAAGAGGAUGAUGGAGGACGAUGCCGAAGCCUUUAAAGAAAUGCCAGAUGUCUGCCAAGAUGCUCGGGGGCCAGGGAGGGCAAUGCUAUUGCCUGACCUCUUUGGAGACGCCCAGCAAGCUCACAGCAGCCUGGAGGCUGGCAGGGCCGGGGGCUGCGGCAAAGUGGAGCAAGCCGUCCCGUGCCUUUCCAACAUGGGCUCGGAGAACCAGCGGAAACGGUUCCGGGGCUUCGCGUACAAAGAGACUGAAGGCCCUCAGGUGGCUUACGAGCGGCUGCAGGAUCUCUUGUUCCAGUGGCUGCAACCGGAGGCCCGGAGCAAGGAGGAGAUUGUGGAGCAGCUGGUUCUCGAACAGUUCCUGAACCUCCUCCCGGAGGACGUUCAGCGCUGGGUUCGGGAGCGCCACCCCGAAAAUGGAGACGAGGCUGUGGCUCUGGCGGAAGACUACCAGUUUCUGCACCCGGAGCCUGGGAGGCGGCCGUACCCGGAAAGGGCAAGGCAGAGAGCUUCGGCGAGAAGUUGGCUUCGCUGAAGUCUCUUGAUCAGCAAGGAGAACUGGUUAUCGACUUGAGAGAAUCAAAGACCUAGUUUAACUACCAUGCCAGGGAGAAAUCUAGAUGGACCAGAAGUCAUGGGAAGCCAGAAACCACAACACAAUGUUACUGAGCACGAGAAGGACUUCACUGCCGGAAAGACCCAACCUGGAGGAAACCUACACCGCAUCUUAUAUUUUUCAGCCUCUAUUUUUGGGGGAUGGGGGGUGGGGGGGCAGUGGGAUCAAUACGACCAUGCUUAGGACUUGUUCCAUCCUACUUGUCUGUGGCACAGGGAUAGGUGGGAGGGAAGGCCAAGUGUGUUCUGUGGGGGCGGGGGGAGCUGAACUGUGGAAGGAGGAAGACUGGAAUGUACAGUUUACUUGCAGAUUCUGCAAGGAUAUGAAAAGGGUGAUCUUGAGAUGAAACAAGACCUAUUGAGGCGAAGGUUGAUCUCCCAGGCAUUUAAACUAGAUUUCCUUCAGAUUAUUUGUCUCCUCUCCUCUCCUUCAAACAGGCAAGCAAGUUCCCAGAAUGAUGUCCGCCUUUGAAUUUCCCCCCUUUCCUUGUUUUCAGGGGAUAGAAAGAGAGUGGCCUGGUCUCUCCCUUGGGGGAUGGAAGAAUUGGUUGAUGCAUGCUACCAGAGAGGCUCUGACAAGCCGUAUAUAUGCCCCAUCCCCAGACUUCCUGGGAAGAAAGGUAGCAAUGCGCUGUGUAACCAUUGCAAAUGUCCAAGGACCUGCCAUGCCUUUGUGACGUUAAGCAGCUCAGGCUGCCAUGACAUUCACAAUUUAUUUCCCUAUAUUGUUCUACUUGAUCUUACAGGAAGUCUCCUCUGCCAAACCUCACAUUCCUUGGAAUUACUGGCAUGGGAAUUCACCAUGCGAUUGGGCUAACUUACCUGGGACAUCCCAGUGCUACAGUACAAGGUUUCACCAUUUAGGUCACAGCCACAGUGUACAAAGCCAACCUGAGAGUAAUCUAUUGUUGCUAGCUGGGAGGCCUUUGCUUACGCCAAAGUGUGAAAACCUGCCCAGCGCUUCCAUCACAAGCCACAAACUUUCACAUUGAUGAUCACGAUUCAUUAUGUUAGACACUGACAUUGUGGAAGAGAUUCAGAGCCUGGAGGUCUUAUUUCUGAGCCAAAUCACUUGAUUUCUGUACUAGUUGUUGGCUGAAUGUCAAGAUGCCUUUUAGAUACUUUACACUUUCCCCCCCUUUCUGAACAGCAGCCCAGAAAUCAAACAGAAAACUUCCCCCAUCCUCCCCAGGUUACAACCUUUAAAUUGAAGCUGCAUUUCCCCCAUUUGUGGGUACUAAGUUUUUGAAUCUCUUAAGUGUACCGUUUGUAAUGUAGCUUAAGCUUGUACCGGCUGGUUGGAUUUUUAGCCUCUGCUUUCUUUUGCGUAAAUUUCCAGUGUGUAUGUAUGUCUGUUGAGUAUAUAGGAUUAAAGGGUCUUCUUCCCACACA